AUGUCCUCCACCGCAGGCUCGUACUGCCUCAACAGCGACAUCAUCCACGAGAUCUGCAUGGUGCUCGUUGAGAGCCUGGACAAGCCUCCUUCUCAACCUCACACCGGCAAUCCCACUCCCUCCGACGCCGUCGUCUCCAGCAUCCGCACCCUCCACUCACUGGCUCAGGUCUCGCGCCAGUGCUACCUCGUCGUCCGCCCGCUUCUCUAUGCAAAGAUCUGCCUCUGGAGAGCAGACCAGAUCACUCUGCUCUUCCGCACCCUCGUCCACACCCCAGAGGUAGCAGGCCUAAUCAACACCAUCACCGUGUUUGAGCCUUUCAACUGGAUCACGCCCUCAACAACCACUACACUGUCCUCGCCCUCGACUCUGGAGCCCGGCCUACCCACCUCCAACUUCACCCCGGCCAUGCCCAGACACGGAAAACAACUCUGGGGAAACGUCUACAGUCGCAAGCCCGCCCUCGCCGCACGCUUCGACCGCGAGGCCCCCGGAACAAGAGACACAACCCUCUACCUCCUCCUCGUCUUCCACCGCCUCCCCGCCCUCCAAACCCUCCGCUACAACUCCUACUUCCGAGACGAGGCAAAGCCAACCGCCCACUGGAUCUUCACGUCCCUCGUGCAGAGCCUCGGCCGCCGCGCAGCCCGCAAGCUCUUCCCAAACCUGAAACACCUCUCGAUCAGCGGCCUCACCUGUCUCGGCUGGGCGGGGUUCCUGGCGCGCAUCCUCGACCUCCCUAUGCUGAAGGAUCUAUCCCUCCUCGCUCCGGGAACCUGCUACUCGCGCCUUUUCACCCCGUCGUACGCCUCAACCACCCUGCGCGCCCUCCGCAUCACGUCCCCCUUCGCGCUGGACAAUCUAACCAACCUCAUCGGCGCAGUCCAGCGCCUCGAAGUCCUGAAUUACACCAUCCACCUCGUCGGCCUUAUGUACAGCGAGUAUAUAGACCCCAUCAUGCAAGCUGUUGAUGCCCACAAACACACCCUAACCGAGCUGGCCCUCAAGCCCGGCAGGACCCUCGGCGACGGCGAGUCCGCCGGGCCCACGCAGCACUCGUUUGCGGCGUACGAGCGCCUGCAGACCCUCGAGCUCUUCGACGUGUUCGUCCUCCCUGCGGCUGCUUCGUAUUCUCAUAACCCGCCUACCGGUGCACCCGUCCCGCUCUCUGCGCUCCUCCCGCGUUCUCUUAAGACCUUGGAGAUCCACGGCAUCGCGCGUCCCCCGUCCGUCGAGUGUCUCUGGGAUUCCCUCCGCUCCCUAUCGAGCUCCGUCGGCGACUGCAACUGCGACUGCGAAGGCGAAGGCGAGCUUGGGGGCACCGGCGUCGCGUUCCCCUUCCUGCAGAGCAUAACGCUGCACGCGCACUCACACCGCCGCGAGCUCUGGCUCGUCGAUGGGUUUCCGGACCGCGCACGCGAGCUUGCGGGGUUGUUUGGGGUUAACAAGGCGCAGUUCACAUAUGAGACUUUUUCCGAUGUUGCGUUUCGGGGGUUGGAGUGUGUUGGCCGCUGUGGGUGUGCGCAUCUUGGCGUGCAGGAGGAGACUAGGUGGCCGAGGCCGGAGUGGUUGGUGUAG